CCUGGUGCACACACUCAGGUAGUUUUGCUCCAGUUGCUUUGUUUAAUGACUUCAACAUGGGCCUGCCAAUACUUUUUAUUUUAGGGAUUUUUCUGAAUAUUGCUCACAGCAGGGAAAUGCAAGAUUCAGAGUCCAGAGAUUUGGUUCUCGACCAAAAUGUGACAGGGAUUGUGGGGGAAGACGUCUACCUGCAUUGUAUGUACACCGGACAAAGUAAAAUCUUAUUCUCUUCCUGGAACCGUCUGGAUUCUUCAAACCGUGCAAGGAAAAUGGCAGGCUACAAAUUCGGUAACCAUCCUCUAAACAAGGAAAACUUUGGCAUCCCAGCAUCGCCUACCAACCUCACUGUGAAAAUAAGCAUAACGGGUCUCAAGGUUGAGGGAGAAUAUACAUGCGUCUUCAACUCGGAUGAGGAUGAAACUAAGGGCACUAUGUUCCUAAGUGUUAUUGCCCGGCCUGAUGUGGACAUCACUGUCAAGAAAGAAGUUGUGAAUGGGACUCUCCACCAGGCUGUCACUUGUGCUGCCACCAAUGCCAAGCCUAAGGCUUCUAUUAGAUGGAGAAUCUCUAGUGUGCCUCCAAGAGAUGACAUCUUCUCUGUGAACAUAAUGAAUGUUGUUCACCCCAAUGGCACAACCAGUUCAAUCAGUGUUCUUCGCUUCCCUCUAAUUCUGAAUAAUGAGAGUACUGUUACCUGUGUCGUUGAACAUUCAGCCUUUACUGAACCUAAAGAAGCCAACAUAGAGGUGGAUACAUUCGUUUCUCCUCUUCUGACCAUGGAGACAAUCCUGGUACAAGAAGGAGAAGAAGACUUCCAAGAGGUCAUCUGCACAGCAGCUGGGGGACGACCUCAUCCAAACAUCACAUGGAUUCUGCCUGAACCAAAAAACACGCCAUCAUUUGAAAGAAACAUCACAAAACCGGAUAAAGUCACAAGUUCAUACCGGUUCCCAUCAGAGCUUUAUGAAGGCAAAAACAUCACUUGCAUUUUUGAAUAUAUGCUUCUUCCUUUUAUGAGCACGAGGACUGUUACUUUACCAACUUACUAUCUCUCCUUGCUUAAGCUUGAGGAUCGCAGUCUUACUACAAACAAUGAAAAUGAAACUUCACUGGCAUUUCAGAUGGAGGAAAAAAACAUUAGAAUCAGAAUGGAAAUUGUGGGUGAUUUACCAAGUUAUAAAAUCAGCUGUCUUAAGGACAGUCAUCCGCUGCCUGAGGAUGUGAGUGUGAUUGGCAGUGAUCUUUUUAUCAGAGGACCUCUACAGCUGCACCAUGCAGGAAAUUAUGUCUGUCAGGCCUCAUAUCAAAAACAUUUGGCCACCUUGGAGUUUAAAGUUGAAGCAAAACCAAAAGUCCUAUUGCCAGUGUUCUUUCCCCCAAACAUUAGUUUGAAUCUUAAGGAGGGUUCAGACCACCUUUACAUUGAGUGUUUGGCUUUAAACGCAUCUCCUGCUGCAAACGUGUCUUGGAUUGUUCCCCAUGAGCUGAACGGUACGAUUCGCUCUGAUGUCACUACCCGUAACGGAUCACAUUCUGUCAGAAGUGUGUUGACUUUGCCCCUCUGCAUGCCCAGUGAAUACACAAUUGAGUGUGUUGUCGAGCAUCCUCUUCUAAACGGCAAAAUGCAACAACAAGUCAGUCUUCCUGUUUGUGCAACGCCAAAUAUAACACUGCACUCCAGUAUUGAAUGGGAGAGCGACACUGCAUACGCGGGGCUGGUUUGUUCGGUGGAGAGUCAAAGACCGCCUUUAACCAUCAGCUGGAGUACAGAGAACUGUGAUAUUGACAUCGGUUCUGAGCUCGUAAUGAGUCAGUCUGAGUCUCAGAAGAGUCAUAUGGUGAUUUCCGAGAGCGUGGCACACAUUCCUAUUUACGUGUUUGGCGGAUGCACCGUGACCUGUGUGGUCGAGCAACCUGGGUUGGAGAAACCAGAGAAAAAGAGUAUUGACCUCCCAUCAUUAGGUUUGUCUGGAAGUCGAUUGUUUGUAAGGGAACAGUUAUAUCCCCCUCUUUGGUAUGCAAUGUGUGAAUGCAGUGGUGACAGUGUAAAACCCAACAUCUCCUGGAUCCUUCCUGCCGACGACACCAUCGUUCAGCCAACCGUUCAGUCAACGUACAAUGGAAUUAAUGUGCAAGUCAAUUCCACUUUCGAGUUUCAGCUCAAACAGUAUGAGGGGAAAGAUUUGAUAUGUGUGAUCCAGAACAAGCAUGGCAAAGAUGAGAGAAAAAUACAUGUUCCAAAAUAUUCUAUCUCAUCUAUUGAGGUCUUAAACAAAACCACGCUUUAUCGUAGAACCCCCUGGCACCAUGAGCACAGAGUGACAUUGCAAGAAAACCUCUCUUAUCAGAAGAUACUUCUGAGGGCUCAUGGCAAUGCACCAUCAUACAAGACCGAAUGUUACAGGGAAAAUGGUUUAGUUGUACACACUGUUGGUAUGGCAUUAGUGUUUACAGAACCAGUUUCUGAACUGGAUGCAGGACUGUACAUCUGCCACGUCUCGUACCACCACCACACGGCUAGUGUUUCCAUCCGGGUGGAAGUUAGUAGCGAAAAGACUCAACACUUGAUAUUUGUCACCACCUGCUUCUCAUCGGCCGCGGCCAUUACUCUCAUCCUGACCGUUGUUUUGUGUGUUCUCUGUAAACCAAGUGGAAAGAGCCACCCGUCAAACAAGAAAAACAGAAGAGAACGUGAGUCUCUGGCAGCCCUCAUGCAGGACCCUCGGUCCCCGGAGAAGACAGUGCUUCCGUACGGGACGGGCCCGGACUACGCCGAGCUUCUGCAUUACUCUAUUGUUCUUGAUGUUAAAAGCACUGUGUGAGGCCUCCGAGUUUGAUGUACUGUAUAUAUUCACCUACAUGCAUUGUGGGAUCCAAAAGGUUGAGACUCACAAAAAUCUGUGAUGUUUAAACAAUUUAGGAUUCAAAACUCUGCAGGUUUUUGCGUUUCGUUACUUGAGUUUAAUCCUGUUAUGUAGCAUUUAAAAAACAUUCUCAAACCAUGCUGGGAUACAAAUGAUGAGGUUCUGCACAAACUUGAGUUAAUGUCACCUCAAUUCAAACUCAAAGUCCUCACUUAAGGUUUUAGACUUUUGGACAACACUGUGUAUAUGACACAAUGCAAUUUGUUUACAUGUGUUCUUUUUUUCCAGGCACAAUACCACUUUCUUUACCAGGACUGCUCUUAGCAUUAUGAUUUAGUUUUAUAAUACGGCAGCUAUGCUUGUAUGAAGAUGAGCAUUUCUUUAAUUUUAUUUCUUUACAGUCUAAUUAUCCAAUUUACAAAGAUUUAGAGCUUUACUUUAAGUUGGAUAAAGAUUGGUGUCUUCUAUCUUGUUGCUAUGCAAACUGCUUUCAGCACACCAACUGCUGAAGUAAAAAUGUAAAGCAGUAGCGCCCUCUGGUGUGCCUGCAGCAUAUAACUUGAAUCUGUUUUAAUCACA